CUUUUACCACAAAAAAAAGGAGCUGCACAAAACUGAAGAAGGAGAAGAAGAAGAGGUUAUAACUGCCCAAGGAAGCGAAGGAAACGAAAUUGCAACCACAGUAAAUAAUGAUAUCCCAAAAACUAAAAUUAUGGUGUACAAUGGCGGCAAAGUACGCCAGAUGGUACACAAUAUCGAAAAAAAGAAUUAAAACAUAUUACUUUCCAAAGGAAGGUGCAUACCGUAUGGUAUAUGUAUAUAUUGUAAAUAAUGUAAAUAUGAAAGCCUAAAAAAUUAAGAAUAUCAUAUA